UCAUGAGAUUUAUUUAUUGGUACUGUUGUUUGAUUCAAAGCGAUGUGUCAGCCCUGGCUGGUGAUAUUUACCUUAUUUGUCAGUGCGAACUGGCAAGGUGUUUUUAUUCUGGCCUUUGAUGGCAGCCGAGAAACUGAAACCUGCUCGGCGCCGAACCAGCCAUGCAAUGCGCCAUAUCCGAAACUUAGAAGACUUAAUGGUGUACAGGUAAGAUGGAAUGUCUCCUUCAAGGACUUUAACCUUCCUCAAUACAGCCUGCUACUGAACGUGUUAUUUGUCCUUACUAUAUCCCCCUUUUUUCCUGUCGCUUAAAUUCAGUGUGCUUUUAAAAAUCCUGAUAAAUCUUUCCAUGCAAUCUCUCUGUAAGCUAAUUGUAAGUCUUAAUUCAAGUGUUGCGAUGUGAAUCUAAGGUAUGAAAGCUUUAGGUAACCAAUUAUAUGAUAAGCCAUUAAACAAUUUCGAAAAAUAAUUUUUAGGCUGCUUUAAGUUCUCAAGUUUGUUUGUUUGUAUUUUUCUUUAAAAUAUCACAUCUGUCAGGUUGGCCAUGUACAGAACGUCACAUUCACUGAUGGCAGGAUCCGACAGUUAAUUACUAAAAGCUUGAGACCACUUCUAUUUGGUGAGAAAAGAAUUUUGGAAAGAUAUAUUUUACUCAUGAAAUAUUCAUCAAUUUCAAAAGGCCAGUAACUCUUUAAUAUAGAAAAACAAGAACAUCUACCUAUUUUUUAUUGGUUUAUUCGAUUUGAAAAAUAGUCCUUGGGUAAUACCCUUCCCAAAAUGAUGCCUCCUACUCAAGCUUUUGUUUGGUUUCCUCAAUAUGUGACAAUUUUUUUUUAAAAUCUUCCACUUCAAAUACUUUUAUGCUAUUUCCACUAGAAAUACCCAACUUUUUAAGUGCAGAGGAAUGUGAACAUAUAAUAAAUCUCGCUGGCAAGAUGGGUUUGUAUGAAAGUACUACUUUGCCAGAAAUCGAAGACCAAAAAGGUGAGGUUAUUAACAGUAUUAAUUUAAACAUCCCAGAAAAUAUUGAUACCUCUCCUUAAAUGGCAGGGUUCACACAGUAGAUUGAAAAGUCCUUGAAUUUAAGGGGAAAUCCUUGAAAAGUCCUUAAAUUUCUAAGCAAGUCCUUGAAAAGUCCUUGAUUUUUCCUCAGCUUUGAAUGUAGUGGCCUGGAAAGUGUUUUUGAAUGCAUUUUGGCUGUUGAAGACAGAAUGUAAAUCAUAGCUCAGAUAGUGAUUUGCAUAAACUAUCAAUUUAAGAUAUUAAGUGAACUGAAAAAUGUAGAGAAGCUGGCAGAGCAAACAGUUCAAGCCUUUAAGUCCUGUUAGAAUGAACUGGGAAUGUGUAUUUUUUUUUUAUUCCUGGUAGGUGGUCCUUGAAAAUCAAACGUGGUGCUUGAAAAGUCUUUAAAAGAUGGUUGCAAUUUUUUGUAUGAACCCUGACUGGGGUUUCUUUGAUUCAAGUCCCUACCCACCCCCUCAGGUCCUUUUAGCUUCUCACUCAAAAUUAAUUUUGCUGUGGAUAUGUUACAGGUUUAAAUUAAAUUCAGGUUUCAGUUUUUUUUAUCCUAGGUUGAUUCACAAUUUCCUUUGUCUCCUAGUCCUAAUUAUUCAGGAAUCAGGGCUAGGAAUUCAAGGCAAUUGAGAGUCGACCUAGGUUAAAUUAAAAUUAACUUGAAAUCCAAUUUGACCUGUAACAUAUACAAAUUAACCACUGUUGCUCUGUAGAAUAAUCUCAAUAUGCUGUACUAAAGAUCUGUUAAAGGGUAGGCUGUGACAGUAGCACAUGAUUUUUUUUUUAUUGCUGCUAUGGCAAAUUCUUUAACAUUAGUAAUACUAUUUCUGAUGUCACAAUUCUUUACUCUAUGAGUAAAAUAACAUUUGUAAGACCAUCAAACCUAAUGUACUAGAAAUCCUUUAUUAAGCCCCUUUCUAAUAAGGUCCUUUUUAGAAGAAGAAUGCUGAAGGCCCCUUCUUAAGCCUUCCCAGCUCCCAUGGCCAUGUUUAGUUUUACGUACAGUUAGAAGAGAAAGACUGCAUUAAGUGAUGGUUCUUCCUCUCUUUUGGCCAUGCCUAUCAGCACUGUGUUUCGUCAACCACACUGUUUUGGUAUAAAAUCUGUCAGUGAAUAUUUCCCUCUGUCUGAAAUCUCUACUUCGUGGAGCCCUCAAAGUUGCUUGAAAAAAAGUUAAGUGUCACUGUGGUAUUCUUAAAAUUUAUGAAUACCACAGCAACACUUAACCUUGAUGAAGAAGACAUUUAAGGUUAAUAGUAUCUAACACUGAAACUUGCAGCUUCAACUGAAGUGGAAUUAAAAGAAGACUGUGAAGAGCUACUUGCAGCCGAUGAAAACAAUGAUGGCAAGAUUUCUUCAUCGGAGGUAUGAUAAGUAAUUAUUUUCCAGUAUAAUAAUAUUUGUUAUAUUUAAUACAAUGCAAACAAGGACUUUCACUUAUAACGUAACAUGAGUCCAUGCUGUAAACUAUUUUUUGCUUUUUUCUUGUCUCUGGAAAUUAGAAUGAAUUUUUAACAAAAGAAUAAUGAUUAUCAAUUUAAAGUUUUUAUCACAAACAAAGAAUAUGUGAAUUAAGAUACUUUAAUGCAAUGUUUAAUGGAAAAAAUUACAUUUUUACGAUAUUCGAUAUGUCUGAUUAUGAUCUAUCUCUUUUAUCAAAUCAGUGUUUGCCCAUCAUGUGACCUCAAGUGUUUUAUACAGGGAUAUACAGCUAAACUAAACAAUAAGUAACCUUUAACUUGUUUAUAACUGUCUCUUUCAAUCAUGUGAAUUUUUACUUCCCACACCAGGCAGUAUCAAUAAAAAUAUUAUGAUUUUAUAAUGAUAGAGCCUCUGUAUGGCUAUCCGCAGACAUCAAUUUUGUCAUGCAUGUUCUAUCAAGUCCUCGGUUUUUCAGGCAGAAUUGUCACACAUCAAGGAUUAUUUUGCAUGGUAGUGCUACUGGCAAACUCAAAGCAAACAUCACUGUGACAAACCAAACAUGCAACUCAAAGAAGUAACAGGUCUAAUAAGCAAAACAGAAACUGUUAAAGUGCAGCACACUUUUUGGAAGGUGUCUUUGCUGUCAUUGCACAACUAACAUUGUCAAACUUUAUUGGAAUGGUAAAGGGAUUGGGCCUUAAUCUCUAAGAUUGUCACUCAUGCAUCAAUAGUGAUCAUUAGGAUUUUGAUUUCGUUGGAAAUACCCAUACAAUUAGGCUCUAUAAUGAUAUUGUAUUGUGUGAUAAGAUAUAUAGUUAACAGACGGUGACCAUCACUUUCAGGUGAGAAAAUAUUUAAACGAAACAGAUGGCAUUUUAGUAACAGUUCAAGAGAUUGAUUUGAUGUAAGUAAUUUUGAAUAAUUCAAUAACAUCCUUAGGGUUUUAGUUAAAAUGUUGUUUGAAAAUUGGUUUUUUUAAGUCCUACUGCAGUCUUAUAAUAAUUGAUGAGCAAAUUUUGGCUUACUUUGUUUUAUCAGGUUAAGGGAAAUAAACUUUGAUAAAGAUGGAGAUGGUAUGUUGCUACAAUAACUUUUUAAUUUUGCAUGGCAGAUAGCUAGCAGACAUAACUAGGGAUAUAGAAUGGUAAAUUUGGGACUUUGCAAGACUGCGAGACUCCAAGACACAAAAUCACCCAAAAACGAGACUUCGAGACCCAUCACUAACACUUCAGAGAUUUCGAGAUCAGGCCCACAUUAUCAGAGACCCGCUCUUUUGGAGGAACCAUUCUACACCUCUAUAACUUUGCAGUUGAUUACUGUUACAGGUCACAGGUCACACGUGCAAGUCACUGUUCUAUCGAUCUAUUGGAUCAUGCUUAGGGCUAGCAGACACAAUUAGUGUUGUUUAUCUACUGUAGCAUGGUCACCUGUACUGUAACCUGCGCUUGCGACCUGUGACCUGCAUUUGAACUGCCAUUUAUUUUUGUCUCUAAUAGGUAUCAGUAUUUACAGAUUAAAACAAUAGUUUUAUAGCCACUUUCAAAUCUGACUACCACUGAGUAUGAAAUUGAGUGCAAGUAUGACUUUGGAGUCUUAAGUUCAUGAUAUCCCCCAGUCUAUAACUUUUUCCCAUUGUUGACUGACAAGCUCAUAAAUAAAGUUUAUGGAUAGGGUCAGCCUGUGUACAGAUGCCCCCUCCCCUCAAAAGAAAUAAGAGAGAGAGAGUCUCUCUCCCAGAUUUUUUCUGAGGGGAGAGGGGCAUCUGUACACAGUCUAGGAUAGGGUGUGCUUAACUUAGGCACAAGAACCUGGUUUAAAAACCUGUACACUCCAAUCUAAAGGUCCCUAUUAUGUGGUUUAAUACAUAAACAGGAGUGUUUUCUACUUUAUAAAACACAAACCACAAGUAUAAACAAGAGAAGUCUGAUAGCCCAUUCCGGGGGUGUACGCUGCAAAGAGAUGUGAGCCAGAAAAACUCCUUCUUUCCUCUCCCUCUUGUCCUCCUUAUUUUUUUCCCGUUCUCUGACUAGACAUGCCACACCCUACAAUCUGAACGCCUGGAAUAGGCUUGAAGUCUGAAGGAGACAUGGGUGCAUUUGUUGUUGCCAUUCUGUCAUUCUAGGUUCCAUUCAGCCUCAACCACAUGUACAUCAUUCGCACAAGAUAAAUGUGAAAAAGUCAGUCACUGAAGUGUCUUUUGAUAAACUGAGCUGGCCAUUAGUCUCCUUUGCAGCUGUUCUUUCUGUUUUCAUGCAGUGCUGCAACUUUGGAGCAUUGCAUGACAACGCAAAAAAUGGCUGCACAGGAGACUAGAUAACCAUAGGUUCUUUUCAAUUUGAUCUUAUUGUUCUUUUACUGUUCAUUUCUACAAGGUGAGAUAAGUUUGACUGAAUGCAUGAAGGGUGACCAUGUAGUGCUUGACCAGUACAUGAAAAAACUGGAAAAUAAUCAUCCACGAUACCGAACCAGACUUAGCCAACAGACAUGGCUGACGAUGACUGGAAGCAAGGAUGCAGUGUUGAGGGAUAUACAAGAAAGGCAUGGACACACAUCUUUAGUUUGCUUGUUGUGUAAGCCCCUAAACUACGGGAGUGUACGAAUAUAUGUAUUGUCUCAAUUCCAAAUGAGUAAGAAAGAAAAAGAAAUAGUUUGAUGCUAAUUCAAAAUGGAUUUUAAGAAAUCUUUUUUGUUGCUCUACUAAUCUAAGUAAUGAUGACAUAAUUUCUUAAAGGCUGGUUCUGAAAAUGGGUAUGGAUUUUAGAGGCCAGGUCUGAAAAUGGAUGUGAAAAAUGACAUUUUUUGGUCUGAAAUAGGGUCAGGAUUUGGAGAACUGGGCAGCACACUUUUGAGUCUGUGGACGAAAUCGUAUGAUGUGACCAUUUAAAUGAAAGCACUCUUCCUGUACUUACACAUGGUGCUAUUUAUUUUUCAAAAUUUCACAAAAUGAAAUUUGGAAAUUUGGUUGAAAUUUGCUUUUGGUAAAUUUGGCAGUGAAAGGGUUAAAGAGGUAUCAUCUUGAGUAGAUGCCCAUAAAAAGGAGUUGACUGUUAACUCUCCAGUAGUUAGGGAGCAAGGGUGGCAAAACGAUGAGACCCGGGCCACUUGCCUCCCACUAAUGUGGCCUGGGUUCAAAUCCCGUCAUCGCUAAACGUGGGUUAAGUUUGUGGUUGGUUCUCUCCCUUGCUGCUCCAAGAGGCUUUUCUCUGGGUACUCCGCUUUUCCCCUCUCCUCAAAAACCAACAUUUCCAAAUAACUUAUUCUCAGGUUUUUCUUGAUAAUGUUUUUGUUAUUACUCUAUGACUUUUGCAUGCAUUAGUCAUGGCUGUUCACACUGGCUACUGCUGGUUGCUACCAGUGUCUUAGUCAUGUCUAUUAUUUUGUGCGUUUAUGAGCGUCCUUAUAAGACAGUAUGUAAUACUACUUUUCUGUGAUAUAUGAAUUCCUGCUGUGUGCUGUUUAGGCGACGAGAAUUUAGGCUACGAGUUGUCAUUGAUUUUCAUUCUAGGUUUUAGAUGUAUAGAUUAAUAUUCUACCUGACAGCAAAAUUUUCAUGUAUUAUUAUUUUUUCAAUUAUUAUUAUUUUGGUGAAUAUCAGUAUGUGUUGGAAUACUGCCUUACCAGCUGCAAAAAAAUAACUUUUUGAAUGUUACAUUUCGUUUUAGAGUGAUCCAGUUGACCAAGUUACCAAGGAUAUUUGUGGAGCGCAGUGAAGAAUUGCAGGUAAGCUGUGACCCCGCUUACAACCCCUGGGCUGGCAAAGGUAGGGCUCAUUUUUGAGCAAAAAAUUCAGUGUGUCCAUUGUUUUGCAAGGCAAAAAAUAAUGGUCUAUUUGCGUUUAAAAACUGUCCUAAUAUGUGUUCAAACGGCCUUUUUUGGCAGAUAGUUGGGAGCUUGAGCGAUCACGACCUUCGACGACUACAGACCUGUCUCCCUUACGUGUGCGAUCUGUAAAGUUAUGGAGCAUGUUAUAUACGAUCAUGUUUUUGGACAUCUGAGCGACUAUAACAUUCUGAAUAGCCUACGUAGCAAGCGUUUCUGUGCGGUUUAGGAACAAAGAACGAGGAACAAGAGUCAAAGACCACGCGAUAAAUAACUCGUUGAAUUUCUCGCGCGAUCAAAACCGAAAGUCCCCUUCCUCUUUUUACUCCGAAACCAAACGGAAACGCUUGUUACGCAGGCCACAUUCUGAAGGACUAAUUUCAGGGCUGUUGUUAAGAGGCGAGGGCCGGGGAUUUCCCCGACUACUACGAACGUGGUCCCUGGCUACUUUCAAAGUGAAUAGAAGAAAAAUAGAACCAAAAGAAACCCUUGCUGUUUGAUUCCCUGCCUACUUUUGUAUUCACCAGGCAACUUAAAACCUUAGUGACAACCCUUAAUUGACAGAAACUCAAUAGUAUAGAGGCUGUAGAGGGUAAGGCAAGAGCUUCUGCAAGAACUGCUGGAAUAGAGGACCGAGGACAGUGACUCGUUUGAUACAGAAACUUAACUGGGAGACGCGAAAGAGCAAAGCUGAUGCUGUUCUUCAAGAUAUCCAGAGGUUUGGUGGCUAUCCCAAUGCCAUCAUAUGUCCAGCCACUACAUAACUGCAGAUUACCCGUCAGUACCAUCCAGGGCACCCAACGUCAAUUUUCGGAAAAUAUCUGUUCGGAAGACGAUUUGAGAUCUAGAAUUAUCGGAACAUUUGUUGUAGAAUUUCUUGUUUGCCUGCCUCUCCUAGAACAUCUAUAAAAUGGUAUAGUUGCCCGUUUUAAACGGAUUUUUACCCUAAAAAGGUCACCUAGAAUUUUCGGGAGCCUUUUUUCUGGCUGAAAUUUUCGAAAAGGUAAGUUUUGAUCCCUAUAUUUUUCGGAUCACCAGACUUUCAGCUAGGAAAUGCGAACAGAUGAAAACUUUUUAGGGGAUAAAAAUAUGCCUAUAUCUAAAGUUUUAAAAAUACUAAAAUACGUUUAACAAUGCUAUGUUUAAGUGGUUUUGAACUAUAUUCUCGUUGGGUGCCCCUUACCAUCCUGCGAGAUACAUUGCUGCGAACUGUGGCACUAACGCCCGCGUACAAGGGGAGUUUCUUCCCCGCCACGAUAAACUUGUGGAACAGCCUACCCUCUGAAUUGAUUACUCAGCCAAACAUCAAAGGUGGACAAUUUUUGUAUUAAUUGAUUUAUUGAUUUAGUUUCUUAAUUUUUUCAACACUUUCUUGUAUAUUUUGUUUAUUUUGCAUUAUUAUUAUCAUCAUUAUUAUUAUUAUUGUGGAUUAUAUGAAUAAUGUAAACUUAAACGUCUGGCACUGGCGUUUUUUUAAAGCUUCAUUGCGAAUAUUCCAACUUGCUCAACUGUAGGUUAACAUCACUACUGCUGUUUUUCAGGUUGUACAGUAUGGAAUCCAUGGUCAUUAUCACGCGCAUUAUGACUCGUCACGGGAUAAUAAUGCUUCUAUCAGGAUAUGUUGCAGAAAUGCAGGAGGAGGAAACGACACGAAUUGCAGCUUGUGUCGGUAAAGAAGAUUUUCUGUUGCACUGUCUUGUCAAGAGAGGCACAUAUGUCGGGGUUUGCGCGCAGGUGGAAAAAAAAUGUAAAAUUUGCAAAUAAUUGGAAAUUAGGAGGAAGGAAAUCAGGAGGAAGAGAGGGUAAUGAGUUCUUAGUUUGUACACUAGAACAGCUUCCUCAACCCUGGCGAGCUAUUUACAACCAAGCACGGAAAAUUGUGCGAUCAGCUACACACCACCAUCUGAACGUCUGGAAUAGACUAUAAGCCAAUGUUCGACAAAAAAAUAAUAAAAGUGCCGUCUUGUGGUUUGAGUUCCUUUAGAUCUCCUCCAGUGAAGAGGCUGUCGGCUUGGCGCUACACGUCCUGUUACAUACCCUUUCAGGGUGGAGUGCUUGCCGCACGAUUGAUUAUAGUAAAACCACGUGAGCAUGAAUCAGCCAAUAGGCCAUUUCCGAGUUCCAAAACUUCCACUUUCAAAACGAGGCUAAUUGCAAAACAUUUUUUUGUGAAAAUGAGUUUUAUUUUCAUGCGAAAAAAAAAUCAUUUUCACAUCAAUGGCUUUACAUGUAGCCUCGCUUUAAAACAGAGGCUAGGGGAAACUCGGAAAUGGCUUACAACAGUCGCAGUAAUAAACUUAGUAAAGAUUUUUUCGCGUUUGUGCCAAACAAUAAUUCUUCUUUCAGGUUUCUGACGAUAUUGUAUUACCUCAACGAUGUUCCCCGUGGCGGCGAGACAGCUUUUCCUGUCGCUGAUGAAGAGAUUUUUAACCAAACGGUGAGAAACGCGAACCGCAAAACUUAUAGAAUUUGUUGAAACACUGUGUUUUUCCACGUCACACCUUUUCAACCAGCUUAUCUAUCCUUUCCUUGUCUUCUCUUUUUCCCCUUCCCACAAUAUUGAGCUCUGGGCUCAGUUGUUCGAUGACCGAGUGAUUAGGGCUAGCCGGGGGUGAAAAUUUUAACCCGGAUUUAUUUUUCUUUUGCUCAAAAGCAUUUUCUCGGAUAUUUUUUUUUUCUAUUCUUUUUAGAGUAUCCAAUUAUCAAGUUGCUGACAAAAUGGAUUAAACUGAAUUUGUCUUUACGCUUUCAUGUCUGAAUUUAAAUUUCGCACUAAUCGUGGGCUAUCUUAACCCCCACUGUUAACAACUCGGCCCAACACUUUUUGUUUCAACAGAUGUGACGAGGUUUGCGGGCAGCCGUUCCAACCUAUGAAAUAAUUGUUUUAAGUAAGAUUUCGAACGGUAUUUCCAAGCUUUUGACUUUUUUAUGCGACCGUCCUUUAUUUUAUGCACUUGUUCAUGUUCAUAGGUCUUCAUAGUCAAUCAGUAGGCCCUCCGUUCUUUGAUUAUUUUGUCGCUCAUUCAUUCACCUCCCUGUUCAUCAAGUAAAUGGUUCCUCCGUUCAUCUUUUACAGGAGUUCCAUGAAAAGGAUUUGUCAAAUUUAAGCACUCACUGCUAUGAUGCAAAUAUAGUGGUUCGUCCCACUAGAGGCACAGCGAUCAUGUGGUACAAUCACGUGGUCGAUAACGUGACUGGUUUGUUGGGUACUCAAGAUGAGCGCUCUUUACAUGGAGGAUGCGAUGUUCUGGAGGGUCACAAGUGGAUUGCAAAUAACUGGAUAAAUGCGCCAUUCAAAUGGACAGAUUAG